AUGGAUCUUUUCCUAGUCCUUUACAAAGAAGACGAGUACAAGAACAGAGGACUCACGCUGCUCCAGGUGAUUUCCAACGGAACAGGAAGAGCACAUGCCUGCGAAGCGGGAUUAAUCCGGGAAAGUGACGCGCACCUUGAUGGUCUUCCCGUCGUAGGCAUCCACCCACUUCCCAGCGAUGAGCCCCUACGUCCUGAGCAGCCCCACGGAGCGGAUCUUCUCCAUCGCGGCGCCCGCGUUCAUCUGCACACCCAAAAUAUAUCGAACCCGCAACCAACAAGCAAACGAAGGCACCGCACAGUGACGCGGCGACGGGAGGGCAAGGGGUGCGGUAUGAAGCGGCGAAGAGGAAGAUGGCGGGUUGACAAGGUGAUAUACAACUUCGACCCCAGCCUUUCCCCAGAUUGCUCCUUUAAGGCAAGCAUCCAUGACUAUCAGUAUUUGGCCAACCAAAAGAAGCUCCACGCCUCCACGUUAAUUCUCAAAGUCUGUCUAGAUCUUAAUGUUGUUCAGAGAAAAUAA